AUGCAUGCUUGUUCGUCUAUUCGACGCCGUCUACUCCUUCCUUCGGCCAACUCCGUCCAUUUCCGCUCAUACUCCCUGCCAUUAUUACCGAUUGGAGGCGCAUCUAAGCCUUGUUCAGCUUCAGUCUCCUUAGCUAGACGAUCAACCUUCACUGUAGCGUCAUCGCGGAACAGCCCUCUGAGGAAGGCUUCAUCAUUUUGGACAGUUACAUUCGCUCUUGCUGUCAUUUGCGGAGGAGUUUGGUUACAGGAUAAACGCUAUCAUCCCAAGGACGACUCGCCUGCUCCAUCAACUUCGCAGAAUAUCCAGCCUGAACAGGAACCGUUUCUCGGCGUAAUUGACACUCUUAAAACAAUGCCUACCAAUUUGCCUCCUGGAACCGUGGGGAAUCUCACGGCAGAGCAGGAAGCGAAACUGCAGGAAUUUUGGGUGCUGCUCCUGAAGGUCUUUGGCGUUAAACUUGAUGCGCUGGAGUCAGCUAAGGAAGCACCGGCCAGCACGCCGCAGGAGAACAAGAAAGAGCCCAAGCGACGAUUCGGACUGUUCGGUAGAGGCAAGGACAGUGAAGAUGGCGCCGCGAGCGAGAAAUCUGCGGAAGGAAUCACAACCAACCUCGCGUCUAUCAAUAUUUCUGAUGGAGACGAUAAGUAUGGACAGUCGAAGGAGUUCCAGCAAACUCUGGUUGACAUGUCGCCGGAGGAGAUCCGGACAACAUUCUGGACUAUGGUUAAACAAGAUAAUCCCGAUUCUCUGCUUUUACGCUUUCUACGGGCGCGCAAGUGGGAUGUCAAAAACGCUCUCGUCAUGUUUAUUUCCACUAUCCGCUGGAGGUUGAUGGAUGUGAAGGUGGAUGACGAUAUCAUGAAGAAUGGCGAGCAGCAUGCUCUCAAACAGUCGCAGAGUACCGACCCUACUGAAAAGAAAGCUGGUGAAGAUUUCUUGAUGCAAAUGCGUCGGGGAAAGAGUUUCCUCCACGGUGUCGACAAAUCAGGCCGGCCAAUUUGCGUCGUCAGGGUGCGCCUGCAUAAGGCUGGUGAUCAAAGUUCAGAGGUCUUGGACCGCUUCACUGUUUACACAAUUGAAUCGGCGCGCAUGAUGCUUGCGCCUCCCGUCGAAACUGCUUGUAUCAUUUUCGAUAUGACCGACUUCUCAUUGGCGAAUAUGGACUACUCUCCGGUCAAGUUCAUGAUCAAAUGCUUCGAGGCCAACUAUCCUGAAUCGCUAGGAGCGGUGCUCAUUCACAAGGCGCCUUGGAUCUUCUCAGGCAUCUGGAACAUCAUCAAAGGAUGGCUUGAUCCGGUCGUUGCUGGCAAGGUCCAUUUUACUAAGAAUGUCAAGGAUCUGGAGGAGUUCAUUCCUCGAGAUCGCAUCAUGAAGGAGCUUGAGGGUGAUGAGAAUUGGGAGUACAAGUACGUGGAAUGCGAACCGGACGAAAAUAAGCCGAUGGAAGAUACAGCCACACGAGACCAGCUGUUAGCAGAGCGACGUGAACUCGGGAAAGAAAUCCAAGACGCCACCAUUUCAUGGAUCUUGGCCAGCUCCAAAGGAGACAAGGACGCCGUGGCAACAGCUAAAGACAGGAGAAAGGACCUUAUUGAGCGGUUAAGGGCGCAAUACUGGCAGCUUGACCCUUACGUACGUGCCAGGUCCCUGUACGAUCGCUUGAAUGUGAUCCAAGGUAAUGGCAAAAUCGACUUCUAUUCAGCGGAGAGCAUGUCCAAGGGAAACGCGGCCAGCAGCCAAUAA